AAGUAGGAUGAGGAUGUUCUUCUUGUUGUUGUUAUGUAAAACACAUUUCUAUCUUAUAUAGGCUUGGAUUGCAACAAGCGGCGGGGAGACUUUUUUUUUUUUUUUUUUUUUUUUUUUUUCCGUGGGUUUGUGUACUUUGUAAUGCCAGGAGGGGGGCCGGGCCCACCCCGUGUGUCAGCUCUGCAGUCAGUCAUGUUUGUGGGGCUAGUUGUUGUUCGGUAGCACUGGACUGACUGGUGCGCAAACUGAAAGCUGCGUUCACUGUUAAUGCCAAGUGACGGAUAUAGCGACGUGUGUGUAUUUGUGUGUGUAUGUGUGUGUGAGAGAGAGCUACUGUAUCUCCAGUUUGCAGCCGUGGAUGGGAUCGGUGGUGGGGGGGGAGAGAAAAAAAAAAAAGACUGAGUUGUUUGCUCCGUGUCGUCGGUGUUUGAAGGGGUUCCCUCGAGUGGAGUGGCGAAACAUCGGCGACAUCGGUGCGUAUUUCCUCUAGUUUAUCCGCAUCGGUUUACCAGUCGGAGCGGACUUGUGUUACCAAGCCGAUCGGGGAAAACAAGGUGCCCCGAACCUGGUUGGAAAUCAGACGAGAUAGUGCCUGCCACAAAGCUGCGUUACGGUCCUGUGGAGAAGCAUGUGAUGACUCACGCAAGGCAGAAGGCUUCCCUCAGACAGAGCCACAGUGCUGAGUCGUGGGACAGCUCCACUCUUUGGCCACAUGGUGGCGCUAUGGGCGGGGCCUGGCCUGAGCGCUCGCUACGAUUUGGCAGGACAAAGAAGAUAAGCGAGAUCACCAAACACGCAAAAGACAUGGCCAAGAGGAUGAGUGACAAGAAAAGGAGAAGCACAGACCAGAACAGAAAGCUGGACCGCAGGCGGGAGAAGAAACGGGACAGGAAGUUGUAUCCCUUGCGGGGAAGGGCUGGGGGGUCAGAUGGGGAGGGGCUCAGCUGCCACGUCCUCCUCACACGACUGGAAGAGAGCAUUCGUGAGCAGGGGGGUUUAGAGGAAAGAGGGAGGAAGGAUGGACGCCGAAAACAGUUAUCUCUCAAAUCCAGACAAGGGAAAAGAGAAGCAAAGUCCUUACCAAAAAACAAAUCAAAGUCCAACAGCCCCAGCCGUGCAGAGUAUAUGCAUGUCCUGCAGCCACGUAAACGCAGACUGGCCUCCCUCAACGCUGAGGCAGUGAACACUCUGCUGCUCGAAAGAGCCACUGACCCUCAACCUGCAGCCAAGCAGGCAAAGAGACAAGAGGAGUCUACGAAUGUAGGGGGCUCCAUGGAUGCAGAACCCACCAAGAGUGGGGUUUUGGGAGGUCCUAAGACUUUACAAGGAAACAUCAGUAAAGCAUCCUUGUCUCAUAAACUUGAACUGUGCCAAAGCUCUAAACGGGUCAAGAAGGCCAAAACCAACAGAGGAGACAAGAGCGGGAUGAUGAGUCAGGAGAGUCUGGAUGCCCCUGCCCCGAGACGACUCGCUGGACUCAAUGCUGCAGCCUUACUGAAGUUAACCAGCUCCUCAGCUACUGCUAAACAGAGAGUCAAGGCUGCACCCACAACUGCUGUCACAUCAGACUGCAAGGCUCCUACUGCAGUGCUAAAACAGCACUCCAGAGUCAAACACAAGGAGCGCACACAAAAGCAGAAAGGGAAAAAAGUGUCUCCAUUGCACAGUGGCUGCACAGCCUGCAAGAAGAAGGCAGACUUUGAGCCCAAAGUGGAGUGGGAGACCGGCAGCUGCACCCAUCGACUAACCAAACCGGGCUACCAGUCCCGCAGUAUGCUAGCAUACCCGCUAAAACAAGUUAAGGAGGAGCAGCUAGAGACUGAACUGAGCCCAUACUACUGCUGUCCCCCAGAGGGCUCAGUGGAAUACUGCCACCGCUUGGCCUUCUUCCUGGGCCAGCAGCCCUACGGAGAAUCAAACAAUCAGCAGCUAAACUCAGCCUUGACCCCUGUGAAGCGUGAGUGCCUCGUAACCUCUCCGUCCCUGACACAUUCCCAUCCGCACACCGCUCUGACCCUCAGCCCCCACCCCUGCCUCUGCACCGCAGACCACUGCUUCUCCAGCUACUACGUUCAUAUCACCCACCCCACACACACUGGAACCACGUCAGCAACUCUGGCCUCACGACCUCUGAACUUUGCCCCGUCAAAUUUGUGCCCCAGUCGGAUGAGUGGCUCCAAAAUGCUGGGUCCGAGGGAGUCCCACUCCUCGGGGCUGGCCCACCCGGCCUAUUGUAACUCUGUGGCUUCGCCCUGUUACGGUGAGGCCUGUGGGAUCAGUGGCUACACCUACAGAGCAAUGCCGCCCGUCACCAGCAGGGGUUGUUCUUUCAGCACAGGAUGCACUGGUUGCACACACAGCAUCAAAACAGAGGGCUACUCCUCCCCUCAGGGUGACCACAGCCCCUCGCUCCUGGUUCCCCCCUCCCUGCCCAUGUCCAGCUGCCCUCUGUCUAGCGUGCCCACUUCCACUCAGACCAAACCCCACUUGCUGACCCCGUUGUCGGGCCGAGACCAGCCCCAGCCCAGGUUAAAACUGGCCAGAGAAUGCCCGCAGACCACAAAACCCUCCAACGGCUCCCUGUCCAUGGGCCGCACUCGGGUGGCCCAGAAACAGCCGUCACCUGUCCCGAGCCUCAGCAGCGCCAAACAAAAGAGAGUCACCCGCAGACGGGCCACUAACGGCUGGCGACCCGUUGGAAUGCCCACUGAAAAGGAGGUCUUUAUUGCGGGGGAGGACGAGACGGCCCUGCGGCAGUGUUACGAAGGAGUUGAGAGGGACGGUGAAGUGAUACACGUCAGAGACACUGUGCUGCUACGAUCGGGCCCCAGGAAGAAAUCUCUCCCAUAUGUUGCCAAGAUAUCAGCGCUGUGGGAAGACCCCAAAACAGGAGAGCUGAUGAUGAGCCUUUUUUGGUACUACCGACCUGAGCACACCCAGGGAGGCCGAGAUCCCAGCACACACUGUGAGAAUGAGAUUUUCGCCUCUCGGCAUCAGGAUGAAAAUAGUGUGGCCUGCAUAGAAGACAGAUGCUACGUUCUCCCACUAGCCCAGUACUGUAGAUUUUGUGCCUUUGUGAAGCGGCGUGCUGAAGGCGCUCCACCUGGCAGCGCCAGCAUGGUGCCCUGCCGCCCUGACUUCGCCCCCCCUUCCCACCGCUGUGUGCCCACAGACGUCGACCCCGAGCUGGUGUAUCUCUGCCGGCACGUCUAUGACUUCCGAUACGGACGCAUCCUGAAGAACCUGCAGUAGGGAGAGGGGGAGUGUUGCAUCCAUGAAUUAAUCAACACGUCAGUCCCUUGUCCUGCACAGAGGGGGUGCUGAAGGACUUUAACACCCCUGUCUUUUCUGCUAGGGGCCUAGGGAUGAGGGAGAGGGGCUGGUUUUGGCAAGCAAAAAGUGUUUAUGAAGCACAGAUCCCUUUAGUUGACUAAAGAGGGGUUACUAUGUGAUAUAAUCAUCCUUCUCAGUCAGAGCACCAGUUAAUUAAGAGUAAAGAAAGGAGAAGGUUGGAAAUCAUUCAUUAGCUUCCGCAGCUCUCAGAGGUUACAUGAUGCAUUAUCAAGCUGGUAUCCCCCCUCCCCGUUAGCCUGCCAGGAGUCUUGAGUACCAGGCUGAACCGGGUUACUGUCAAGGCUUGCGUUUCCCCUAAAGCAUCUUAGCACAACAAUCUUGUUUGUUCCAUUUGUAAGCCAGUGGCUCAGGGAUGGUCCGGCGCUAAGGUGCUUCUGGAGAACACAAGGCCGCGCUGUCAGAUCAGCGUUAACGGUGCUCAACCAGCCGGGGUGAAGGUGCAGCUAAUGGGGAGUGUCGUCUUAUUUCUCCUGAUCUGAGUUGUAUUUGAAAGAGAGAGAGAGAGUGGGAGAGGGAGUGUUGUCAGUGUGGAUAAACGGAUAAAUGUGUGAUGGUUUUUUAGGAGGCUUUCAGGCAAUCAAAACCAAACAAGCAGCUUUAGAGGAAUCGGGAGCUCUCGCCGUCCUCUCUCCUGGGUGAGACACUGACAAACAAAUUCAUUUCUGCACACGUAACAUACCGUCCCCUCAAACUCUAGAGUGGGGCUUCUUAAUCUUCAUGUCCACUGUAAACUAAUGAGAUUUUACUGAUGUUACUGUUCUUGAUCCAGCUAGCAUUCAUCUCAGCUCUAGUCCUGCUGUGAAGACGCCUUGUUUCAGAGAGGAUCCAGUAGAAAGAGCCCUUACUGAGGGGAUCAUAGUCUCCUCAGCCCUGUGAUGGCCUAUCAAAAGGAAGCCUGAUGUUUUUAUUAAUUAAUUUUUUCCUCAGUUUCAUUUUUCCCUGUGACUUGCCUUAUGACUUGCAGGUAGAGCUUUUAAGCAGCUAGUCCCACCCUGAAGCUAGGACAGGUAUACUGUAGUCCAAAAUCACAGGAUUGUGUUGUUGUUGUUGUUGCCAAUCGACUGGCCGGCAGCUGUGUUGUGACCCACGGACACACACGUUACAUGUAAACAUUUGAAACACAGUCGUAAAAGCUAGCAUUCUAGCUGCUCGCCUUGUGUCCCAAAGCGUCACAAUGUCUGGGAAAAUGUCUGCUUUACCAAUUUUUAUUUCCCAUCUACCCCACCUCCUCUUUUGAAGCCCUGCCCUCCCACCCAUUCUCCUCCCCCUCCCAAGAUAAACCAAAGGAUGUCACAUGAGCCAGAGUCUCUGUCUCCUCCUCCGCACAUCUUCUCCUUGUCAGCACUUCUGCCCUUGUCUCCUUAUUAUAUUGCACUAAUCCAUUCCUUAAUUAUAAUGUUCAACUUUCUUUUUUUUUUAAUUUAAGCUCCAGCUACUAAUAUCUUACUAGGGGGAGGGGGGUUAAGGUGUAACAUUUAUAUAUGUGUUUUGUAGAGAAGGAAACCGUAAGGAUGUCAUGGUUGCUUUUGUCAGUGCAAACUGUAUAUUUCUAUUGUUUCACCUGUAGAGGAGUCGGCCAGCGUGUUUGUCUUGUUACCUGAUGCACAACCCGUCGAAUCCCAUGGAAUAUAUACAGUAAAUGUAUCACUAGAGUCAUUCCAUUUGAUUUUUAAACAACUCGGGCAUACUUAUAUAGAUAUACGGUAUAUAUAUAUGUAUGUAUCCAUGCUGUUAAUGUAAUUAGAUUUCAGAGAGGCCUGACAGGCGUAGCGCCAUGUUAGACAUGUAUCCAGAUUGAAGGGAGUGGGUUUGGGGUGGGAUAUGAGGUCAAGUGGGUGGUGAGGGGAUGAUACUUAAUCGAGAUGUGGUGGAUUUCAACCCACACGUCUUCAUUGCCUUUUAACCUGCAAGUGUUUUACUGUCAUGUCCAUUCAGAAAACGAGUAGUGUCGGAGUGUAUGUGUGUACCUUUAAAAACAAAAAGAGUACCCGAUUGCUUUCCUACACGACAAAAGCCCUUUUUGUCAAUAUUGGAUGAGUUGUAAAAGAUUUUUACACUCUAAAGCCAUCUGUAUCCUUUUCUCUAUUUGAGCAGUAAGAUUACUAACCCAAAAAAAAAAAAACAGCAGCUUGGGUUAAAAUCGAAUCCUGAUCAUUGGAUUUUUUUUUUUUUUCAUUUCUAUUAAUGCCCAGAUUCUUCAAAGAGAUAAUAUAUAUUCUCCUACUUUACAAUUUACAAGUUCUCCUUAUUGAGAAUAUUUUAUUAUGUCAAUUUCCUAAGAUGGCAUAUGCAAUAUAUUUUUAGAAUUACUAUUUUUGGAAAAUUAAUGAAUCAAGAAGAGAAUAUGCAUCAUUUUAAGUUUAUUUAAAAAUUAAUUUUGGAUUUAAAUCACGUCAACAAUGUCUAUUUAGAUUUGACCAAAUGAUGGAAAGAGCAGAAUGAAGGGAUGAUGCCAUCGUAUGACCUAAUGUAGAAAACAGGAGGAGAGAAAUUCCCCUCCAGGCGAUCACUAAUGAAGUGUACAUAUCUGAACCCUAAUCCAGGAAGCACCGGGCACUCUUUAAACAAGCAGACAGCCAAUGCACAGUGUAGUAUUUUUGCAAGAUCUGUAAUAAUUAUAUUUAAAGUAAGAAAAAAAUAUUUAAAUGGAGUAAACAAUACAUUAUAUUAAGAUUUCAAUUUAACUUAUUUGGAAAUACUGUGUCUAACUGAGUAACUAUAUCCUGUUUUGUUCUUUUUGUUUUGUUUUAGUUCUUUUUUUUUUGUGCGCCAGGAUAGAAAUAAUUUCUGUUUAUUUGUAACUUAUGAGUUUAGAGAUUAAAAUGGUUGAGUGGGGGGUUGACAGAUGUAAAUGUUAGUUUAUAUAAUUUUAGACUUGUUGUCAGAGGUAGUAGACCAAACCAAAGCACACCCUGGCAGGCGGGAGAGUUGGAGUUGCCACCAAUCGCAGACAUUAGUGAAAUACUUAGCGAGACCUGUGGAAAGAGGCAACUUCGAGCGCUCCUGCCAACCUGACUGACCUUAAAGUGUGAUGUUUGGGAGAUGCCUCGGCAACACGGUCACCUGAGCCUUCAUUGAUUUGUGCUAUUAGGGGAGAAACGGCAUACACUUGAGACAGGACAGGAUGGGGCGUCCUCUGGGCGUCUGGUAGAAGAUUCCCAUCAGGCGCUCAUCUAAGACCCCAGUGUUCCUCUUUACAUUCAAUCCAAGUCAGUAAAGUGGACUGAAAAUCUGACAUCAUUAUUGGGUUUAUUAAAAGCAUUUGGCCUGUCCUAUCAUUCCAAAUCAGUUGGCCUUGGUUGCCUUUCUCCCAGAUGCUUUGACAGUGUUCGGCCCCUAGAGGGCAGGAAUCCAAUGUAUGCAGAGCAGUCACAUGGCCACAUCCCAGUGCUGUUUCAUUUCCUCCUGUUCAUGCAUUGUUCUUCCUCUCUCAUCGACAGAGAGAGUUACAGUCAUUUCCUGAGAACAGACGAUGAAUUGAACUCACCGGAGAUGUUGCCAUGAGUCCUUCUCCUCAACACCGGCCAGCCCUGAAAUAAGCAUGGACUAGAUUGUAUGUUAUUAUUUACGUGACUUAAUUUUCCUAGCAGCUUCGCAUGGACACAGUUGUAUCCUCCGUCACCAUGACAACUGGGCAGGGCCGGUGGUCAGGAGAAAGACUGUAGCAGGGGUCAAACACUGAGCGAACUUUAACCUUUACUGAGUUCACACAGGAAGUGUGUUCACACCAUGAGUCAAAACAAAAAGCACCCGACCAACCCAUGAGAUUCUGCUUUCAGUGGUCUGUAUUGAUGCUUAUUGUCAACAUAUAUUUUGAUAUAUUUGGGAAAAAAAACAUGGAUAUAAAAAAGUCUAGAUAUUUUUGGAGUAGAGAAGCAGCGUGUGUAUCAGAUUAUUGUCACUUUGUCAUGCUCUCUGAAAAUCUGUUGGAAUUUUUGGAAGACUUAUAUAACAUCCCUACUGAUUUAAUGUUCCAUUGAAAGAAUAUUUAUAAAUUUUAAGUCCUUUGUGAAAA